GCCCCGCCGGAAGCGGCGCGCGCGUGGCGGCGCGCGGGGUGCGCGGCGCGGCCAUGCCGGGCAGGAAGUCUUCCAAGGAGAAGAAGCGGCGCCGCUCGCGUUCCUGCUGUCCAGAGGGAGCCCCGGGGCCGGACGGCGGCGACAGGAAGCGGCGGAGCACAGAGUCCGCCCACGGUGCCCUGGAGGAAACAAAGUGCAAUGUACUCUCUGGAGAAAAAGUGGAAGAAGCUGAACAACCCAGUGAUAUAGAAGAAGGAGGAUUAGAUCUCACUGUGUCACUCAAACCUGUCAGUUUCUACAUUGGGGACAAAAAGGAAAUGCUUCAACAGUGUUUCUGUGUCAUAGGGGAGAAGAAACUACAGAAGAUGCUGCCUGAUACUUUAAAGAGCUGUUCCAUGGAUGAAAUCAAAAGACUUUGCAUGGAGCAGUUGGAGCUGUUAUCUGAAAAAAAACUGUUGAAGAUACUUGAAGGCAAGAUUGGAGCUGAUUCUGAUACUGACGAGGAGGCAGAUGGAGGAGACAAGACUGGAGGUGAUUCAGUCAGUCAACAGGACAACAGUAUAGACUCAACUUCUUCUCUGAGAGAAGACAGCAAGCUCGAAGGUCAGGAAUCAAGACAAGGCAAAGGAGAAGAUAGUGAUGUCCUUAGCAUAAAUGCAGAUGCAUAUGACAGUGACAUAGAAGGCCCUUGCAAUGAAGAGGAUGGCCCAGAUGUACAAGAGAGCACUGUCAGAACUGGAGCUGGUCAGAUAGAAGACCUUCAGAAGGACAUUGAGAAGAGUGUGAAUGAGAUACUGGGGUUGGCAGAGUCCAGCCCAAAGGAGCCCAAAGCAGGAACUUUAGCUGUUCCUUCAUCAGAAGAUGUUCAGCCAUCAGCACAACAGCUGGAGCUUCUGGAACUUGAGAUGAGGGCCAGAGCUAUUAAGGCUCUGAUGAAAGCUGGUGAUGUAAAAAAACAUCCCUGAGACUGUUCAGAUUUCAUUUUCACUAUUUGUUUCGAAGAAGGUGAGGUCUGUUCUUUUCAGUGCUACAGUAUGUUUGGGUUGGGUAUGACAUUCCUCAUUCAGACUGUGUUGUAUAUCCUGACCUGUGUUUCUAUGAUUUUGUUGCCUUUAGUGUGCUGCUUCCAGAACAUGCACAAACAGAUGUUGAUGCUUCCCUGAGAUAAGGUGUCCUUGUGCUGGGUCACGUUCUCGAAGGGGUGUGCCAGGAACCAUGGUGCCUUCCAGAAGGGCUGUUGGAGAAACUUAAAAUCAUAAAAUGGUUGGCUUGGAAGGGAUUGAGACUGCUUAAUUCUUCUUGGGGCCCAUCUCAUCAUAAUGUAGUAUUUUAAUUAAAAUGUGAUGGUUUGUUUAAAAGCAUACUCAAUUUUUUGAAAUUUGAACUCCUAAAGGAAAGGACUUUUACCUUCAAAAUAAACAGUUGAACAUGUUAUUUUCAGAGUUGCGAAAGUGCCUGAAAGAGACAGAGCAGAGUUUAUUACACUUCUACUUAGUUUUGUCACUUUUCUCCACUUAUCUUUUUUAUUACAACUGAAGAAAGCAGAGUUUCUUCCUAACUGUAAAGCUUUACUUUUGGCAUAAUAUUUAGCAUAAUUUGACAAAAUAUUUAGCAGAAUCCUACGGUUCAGAAGAUCUUGAGCUUUUAACAUUCAACUGAUGUACUCAUUUCAUGUCCCCUGGAAAUAGGAAAAUCCACCUAAUUUCAGUAUGUUUUUAUAGAAAAGGUAUUUAAUUUAUUUAUGAGGUUUUUAAAUAUUAAUUAUAUUUUUAUCCACUUCAAGGUAUUCCUUUGAAAAUAAAUUGAAUUUUAGAAUUAAUUUUCAUACUACAAUAUCUUACAACAAUUUAAAUUAUUUUAAUUUUUUUAGAAUUAGUACUGGUAUUGUAUCUGGCAGCUUAUCAAAGCAUAUUAAAAUAUUUGUGUGUUUUUUUACUCAUGCAGACAUCAAUUUUUUUCUUUAAGGGCAUGAAGUUUACAAUUGUAGUCUUCGUCAAGUAAAAUAAUGUAUUGCAUAUUUUUUUCAUGAAUUUUCCUUAUUUGUUACUUAGAAAGCCAGUUACAUACUUUGCAACAGUAGCAGAGAUAAUUUCCCCUACUACUGUGUAAUAUUACUGCAAACCUUAGUCUAUUCAGAUACUAUGUCUUGAAUUCUUUCAAGGUUUAUAAUGUCCAUUUUAUUCUUCCAUUUUAUCCCUUUAUUCUUCCUUCCCUUUAUUCUCUUCUUUCUUGUUUCCUUUUAAACCCUUUUCUGCAGCAAGUGUCUUGUUUAUUUCUUAAGUAUGAUUGAUUUCCUCAAGAAUCAACAUUACUGUAAGAUGGUAGUGCAGUGUAAAUUUGAUAAUAAAUUACGACUUUCAUUAAAUACAGCUGAGAAAAUUACAGUGUGCUUCCACUAAGUGAUGUCAGUGACCUGGGUAAAGUGUACCAGACUCUAGUGUUAUCUACAGCAUCAACAUUUUUUUUCUAUUAUUUUGUAGCAAAUGGAGGAUGUAAGUUAAAAUAUAUAAACACAAUUCAAAAAGUAACUUUACUGUCUCACAAUCUGUGGAUGUGUUCUUUGGUCAAUUUAAUAUAGCUGUUUGGUGAACUUGUGUUUUAUUUGAGUCCAGAGAAGCUAAGGAAGUGAUUAGAGAAAGUCAGCUGUCAAAACUUAGGUGUGCUGUCUUCUCUUUUACAAUGUUGUAGGCUGGUGGAGCUGUGUUUGAUUUCAAAGAUACAUUUUAGUGCUGCUGUACUUGGGUCAUUAAGACGCCAAAUACCUUGCCUGCUGUGGAAGUAGAAAAGCUUGCUUACAAGGGUAUUUCCUGCAACAUUUCAGUUGUUUGGCAACACAAAAAUACUGCUGGAAGUAAUGAUAAACUAGAAUGUGAUUGGCUUCUACUGACUACUUUCUGGAGGUGUAUGGUAUUUAUUAUUUUCUUACUGGUUUCCCAAGUCACCCUUAGAAGUUUGUUUUAUAGCAUUUUGGACUAUUAAAAGUUACUGUUUCAAUCUCUGUAUCAAGAAGUUGCAAGUGCUGGCUUUAGCCGGUAGUGUGACAGAGAUGAGAGAGGUUUGCUAUGCAUAUGACGCAGAUUUGUAAUUACAUCCUAAUUAAAUUCAAAAUUAAAAGAUGAGAAGUAUUCCAAGAAAAUUCAAUUAAGCUGUUUACAAAAAUAAAAAAAGUAAUGUGAGAUACUUAAUGUGAUUGGUUACACUAGUGCUAAUUAAUUUUUAGGAUAUUGUACUGUUGCUGCUUAUGUUAAAAACAGAUCAGCUAAAUUACAUGUGUUCUUGCAUUGAUAUAUAUCACUGAAGAGAUAAAAAAAUCCAUUUAAUUUAAAAUAUUUAUUAUAUGGCUGUUUUUUCACUUUCAAAUAUGUAUGUGAUUUCUCCUUGAAAAAUAAAUGUAUUGUUUCAUUUGGAAGAAGCAAUUUGUAUGUAAAAUACAUUGAAUUAUUUAGAAAACGUUAAAAUAGUGUUACUGGGUUUUGAUCAACGAUUUUGUCAGGAAACAAAUAUUAAACACUAGGUGUUGGUCAGCAUGAAAAAGAUCUCGAUUAUAUUUUGGACUGCUACAAAAAUAUUUUCUAAUUAAUUUUUUCUGUCCUCAUAGAUAUGGCACAGUGCAGUUUUUGAGGAGGAGGAGGAGGGUUGAUUGUGUGUGUACUAGAUAAAUAAAAAGGUACAGAUAGCCGAAAGUGCUUAUCUCUGUUUGGAGGCUUUGCUGUUAUGGUGAUUUCAUAGAGAAUAAUAAAUAGAUUUCAAGAUGCCAGUUUUGAGAGGCGAAUCACAAAUAUUUCCACAGAAAAUAAUUACUUCCCCUUGUAACACUCUUUUCAAUAUAGUAUUUGCUCUCAAAAGUAUUUUGCCUAAGAGACUUGAUGCCACAACUUUUUUUAAGCUAUGUUAUAAAAUAUGUUCCUUGCUGUUUGAAAUUACUGUAAUUGUUAGUUGUAGUAAAUUAAAUUUUGAUCACUAAUAACUAUAGGUUGUUUCUAAGUGUAUUUGAAAAAAUAGGGAGUCAGAUAAUCUGUGUAGGUGAUAUAAGGUGCUGCUUUUCUAACUGGAUACUGUUAAAAUGCCACAUGAAAAACAAGCAUUUCAGCACUGCGAGUCUUGCCAAAGGAUAGUGCACUUUACUGCGGCCUUCUCUGUAUUUAAAAGAGCACAGUUUCAAAAACAGCAGCCACCUUGGGGGAGCCUUAUAGUGGGACAAAAUGUCUUUUCAUCAGCCGAUCUCUUACAAUGUCAGAGCUUUAAAAUUUGUAUAUUGUUGCUUGGUUAUCACUAUUAUUUUUUAAAUAGUAGUUUACAAAAGCAGUUACUGUAACUUUUCUUCUGUGGCUAAAGGAUUCUCUAAAUACGGCAACUGAAGAAAGGCUUUAUGUGCAUGAGUGCAUAGUAAAUAAUUAUAUGGCAUUUUAUGUGCCUGUCUUAAAAUUAUAAGCACUGAUUUAGCCUUAUGAGAUUACUGAUGCUGGUAAACAUGCCCUUUUCAUAGAAGAUAAUUGAACAUUAAUUGUGAGAUAAGCCCUUUAGUCAGGAAGGGAGAUGCUGUGGUUAAUUGAUCCAAAAACAUAAGAACAGGAUAACUUUAAGAGCAUAGGCACCAAAUUAAAAACUGAUUAUUAAGUCCUGCAAUUUUAGUCCCAGUAGUAUAAACCUUCAUGUUUAUUGCUAAGUAAAUCUGUAACAUACGUAGAGAAGAAAAAAAUAUAUAUAUAAAUAAAAAAAUAAAUAAAUAAAAUAUAUGUAAAAAAUAUUGUGGCCAAAUAUAGGUGUUAAAAUACUUGAUUUUGUGGGAGAGGAGGUGAAAUCUCACGUUUCGUGGGCCUUUUUUAGCAUUAAUAUUGAAAUAUGUAAACAGAGUACAUAAAAGGUGGAGAAAGGAAGAGUUUAAUACCAGAAAAGGUGCUUGUAGGAAAGGUUGGUUGGCCACAUACUAUGUCUCUGCAGUCAGAAAAGGAAAGACCUCAGAAAUUAAAAUCUAAAUAUAACAUGUUUAUUGCAUUAUACAGCACAAUAAUAACAUGAAAAGAAACCCCAAACAAAAAACAAGCAGAGAAUGGGACAUGCUCAUUUUUUCAUUCAUUGCAUCAUCAUUUUUUUAAACAGUGUGUGAAGGUAACUUGUCUAUGGGAUCGCUUAUUAUUGUGAAUCUCAAAAUUGAAUUUUUGUCUUUUGUAUCUAAUGGUUCUGCAUAGUCAUGAAUUGUCUAAUCUAAAGCCUUGCAUUCCAUCUUGUGUUUCCAGACUCCAGUCAAUAUUACUUUACUCAAGAAUUCUCAGCUUUACUUCACUGGAAUACUGGAUGCAGUUCUGCAUGACGGUAUUGAAGGCAUAUCUGCUGGGAGUGGAGCAGAUGCAGAAUCUUACAAGGUUGCCAGGGGAGCACAGGACAUGAGACACAACUAGAAAAGUGUGUUUAGUCUAAGCAUGUUGACACUAGCCUUAAAGGUAGGCAGAAACAGAGCACUGGGAAAGAUGUUUAAGCUGAAUAUGAAUGCUGGUGAGGAGCCCUGCAUACAUUUUGGUUAUAUUGCUGAUUCCCAGGCUGUUUCCUGUCUCCUCCCUGCUGUUGUGCAGCCGGUGUUUAUGUGGAUAUGUGCAGAACCACACCAGGAAACUCAUUCAUGCACCUGCUUCUAACCUGGGGCACCAUUCUGAUUGAAUUUUCUGUGUUGGCACAACGGAAUGAGUAGUGAAAAUCCAACUGCUGAAUGGUGCUGGAUUAUAUUACAUAAGUGAUACCCCACAUUCUACCAGUUCUAAGAUAGGAGGUGUCAGAAUAAAGGUCCAUGACUUAAUUCCAUUAUUUUGAAAGUGUGUAGAGCUUCACUCAAAAAUAUUAGCUGAACUGCUCCAAAUAUAAACUGUCUAAACUAUUAAAUUUUUAUUAAAUCUACAUUCUUGGUUA